CAAGCACAACCUUCUCCCCGAAGAUCGGCCAACUGAUUGAGCAAAACCCCCCACUAUGGACUGCGCGACAGCUCAAAGGACAACCGGCAUGUAAUGCACAAAGCUGACCACGACUAUGAGAACAGAUUCGAGCUCUUCCUGCUAGACGAAGGCCAGCAGAAAGUCGAGGAGAAAGCUGAGACACGCGUCCCCAACACCGCCGUCUUCACCUUCAACAAAGAAGACCACACGCUCGGCAACCUCCUCUCGCAGCGGCUCCUCAAGAACCCCGCCGUCAUGUUCGCCGCAUACAAAGUGCCCCACCCGCUCUUCGCUACGUUUGAACUGCGCGUCCAAACCGACGGGUCUAUUACACCUAAAGAAGCUGUCAUGGCGACUUGCCGGCUGGUGAUCCAGGAUCUGUCGAAGCUGAAUGAGAGCUUUCAGACGGAGUGGCUGGGCAAGAGGAUUGUCAGUGAGGGUGAGGCAGAGAGGCAGCAGAGGGAGCAGAAUAACUUUUAAGCUUGGGCGCUUUGCCGCAGUGGCUGGGAAGCUCUUGGAAGAUAGAGUUGUCAGGGAGUUGGUUGGGGAUUUGUGGUUUGCAUAUGUUAGGCGUUUUUGACUGGUUGGUUUGUUGGUUGUUAUGACGAUUCAACAAAAGGGUUUUGAUACCGUGACUUA